GACUGCUGGACCUGCAUAAGAGGUAUGGUGUACAAUGUAACCCCCUACAUGGACUACCACCCUGGUGGAGAAGAGGAGCUGAUGAAGGCAGCAGGAAAAGAUGGCACUGACCUCUUUGACCAGGGAAGACACACUGGAUUCGCUGUGCUUCUCCAUCAGAACGGUGUUGACUGCUCCGUACUGUACUGCAUCAUACAUCAGGUAGGUGACUAUUGAUUAGAUUCUGUUUAAGGAAUUUAUGACAGCGUGUGUGCAAAUUAUUUUCAUAGUCUUUGUAUUAUUAAUUUUUAAUUUCCAGGAGGCGCUCCGCGCAAAGCUUCAGCCACAUCAUGGAUUUAGUGACCAAAGUUACGAAUCUUAUUUGACAGGGUAACAUGGGUCUCGAUCACAGAAACUUUGUUGCCUUUUUGGAAGAGGUGAACGCCGCCUAUGGGGCACGCUGACAGAUGGAUGAGCUGUGGAAGUGUGCUGCGCACUGAACUCCCUGUGUUUUUGGAGGAGCGUCUUUGCUGUGAUACAAGUGCGUACUGUUGCAAACUCCGGGAUACAGCUUUUCUGUGCAACAUGGCCAUUCUUACCGAUAUCACCUCACGUUUAAUUCACCUUAACCUAGGCUUGCGCUAGCCGAUCGCCACAGCACCAUUGGCACAUCGUUUUGCUGGAUAGCGCAGUCAUUCUGAAUCGUGUGAGCCACAGUGGCGCUCUAUUUUUCUUGUAAAAAGCAACAAAAAAAGGGUUCGAUUUACUUUUUCUUCUAAACGCCCGAGUGAUAAUAUAAGAGAAACAAACUUUUUUCUCAGCAGGCGUCGGAAAUGGUCGGAGCCACCCGUGAUCAAGAUUCGGGUGGCUCCGAGAUUGGCCAAGAGCGGCUCUCGGCCAAUCACAGAAAAGCAUGCUAUUUUUACUGCGUGAAAUCUCUGAACGGUGUGCCACAAGGCGAGUCAUUUGUGAUCAGGAAAAGCAAGAAAGAGGAGGUUUUUGUUGAGUUUAUGCUACAGUUGUGAGAUAUGGUACAUAGUGAGGGUUAAAGAAUUGGACAUAGGAGGAAAACAAGGCAAAUUGGACAUGAAAUUAAUAUUUUUAUGGGUCAAAAAGUUUUGAUCAUGAACAUGUUUCAGGUACAGGUUUUUAAAUGGCCAAAUGCAUAUAUACAUGGGAAUGUGUCUUCAACUCUGACUGCCUGUUUUUACGAAAAGAACAUUAAAUUUGGAUCUGAAAGUUUAGCAAAAUGAUAUAGACUCACACUUUGUGAUGAUAUUUAUAUUCAGGACUUAGACUUAAACAUUUCACGUUGCUCAGAGCAGUUGAGAAGGAGUGUAAAAACGAUGAAAAUAACAUACAUAUAAGUAGAAAUAAAAUAGAACUGUUUAAUUGAGCAUUUUUUACCUCAAAAUGCACCAGAAUGCAGGAAAAUGACUCCAUUUUUUCCGCUAUCACUGACACAGAAAUUUGUGGCUUUUUGUGGCUCAUUGUUAUUCUUAUCAGUGAGCCACAGUGGCUCUUCAUUUCAAAUUCCUAGUGCAAGCAUAGUUAACAAACAGGUGCAGGGGAGAUUCCAAACUGUUUUGGAACUGUAUGCACACAUGAACACCUUUCGGCGCAAACUGGAACUGUUCCGAGAUGGAUUCUCAUCCAUGUCUCCAAAUUGGGCACAUUUUCCCUCCUGUGAAGAGAUGCACUGUCACGAAUAAUGUGUGGAUGAACCCAAGCGCAGACUCAACGAACAGACCAGCAGGUGUUAAAGGCGAAAAGGGUUUUAUUAAACCAAAAUCCAAAAUCACAUCCACCAGAUAUCUAAGAACCGGACCAGAGGCAAGGCCAAACAACUCAAGUCUCCGAAAACAAAACCACUUAUUACUACAGGUUGGCUGAGAGUUACUCACAUACUGGGAGGCUGUCUCUUAAGAGAGCAGGCAACUGAGAAGAGUCCAAAAAACAACAAAAGCACAAAAGAGUCCAAAAGGGGGGGGGAAUCCACAGAAGAGGGAGGCAGUAAGGUCCAAGGCUGAUGCGGUCCAGAAGGGAGUGGGUGUGUUGAACUAUGCUCCAGGACUGACUGGGGGAAGCAGAGGGUUUAUAUAGUAGAGGAGGGGAGCAGGUGAGUGGCGUUGGCUGAUUACGCUGCAGCUGCAGCCCAUGAGCAAUUACUUGGCAGCCAGAGGGCGAGUGACCGGGAGAGAGAAAGACACAGGAGGGAAGGACAGCAGGCAGAGGGAGACAGAGAGACACAAGCCAAAACAUACACAGAGGGCAACAAUGGGGAAGAGAAGGAAAAGGGGAGAAAAAGGGCAGGAACUGGAGUGGCACCAUGACAUACGCAGAGAUGUGAAAAAAUAUUCCAGAAGUACAGAGCCGACAUAGAAACUCUUCUGCAGCAGUUCAAUGAUCGUUUCCAAGACUUCCACGCCAUGUAGCCGCGAGUUGUGCUAUUCACGGCCCUCCUCUCUGCCGUGGUCAGUGAGCAACCCGCAGAGUUGCAGCUGGAACUCUGCGAACCACACUUCAACCCUUUCUUUCAGUCUCAGAGAAAUGAGAAGGGGAUUUCAUUCUGGAGACUGCUACCUGAGUCCUGUUUCCCGUUGCUUCAGGAUUUUUCACUUUCCAUGGCCAGCAUGUUUGGGAGCACUUAUAUCUGUGACAGCAGCUUUUCAAUUAUAAAUCAAACGAGAGAAACAGGCUGACAGAUGAAACUCUGUUCCAGCUCAUGCAAAUUGGAAACACACAAAUUGACAUUGACAUCCAGAAUAUUGUGCAGCAGCAGGCAAGACCACAGGUAUCUCAUUAGGACACAUGUUGCUGAGCCAGGUGAGAGAAGGUCUUUUCAGGACCGUACUUGAAACGUCAAGUGGAAUAGGAGGGUUGUGUAUAAAUAGUUCAAGUUAAAUAUGAUGACAAUUCACAGAUACAGUCACCUUCAAAAGUAUUGGAACAGCAAGUUCAAUUCCUUUGUUUUUGUUGUAUACUGAAGACAUUUGGGUUUCAGAUAAAAAGACGAAUAUGACACAGAAGUUCAGAAUUCCAGCUUUUAUUUCGUGGUUUUUACAUCAAGAUGUGCUAAACAACCCAGGAAAGAUUACCUUUUCUAUGAACCCACCCACUUUUCAAGUGAGCAAAAGUAUUGGAACAUGUGACUGAUGGGUGUUUCUAGUUGCCCAGGUGUUGCCUUUUAGAUCGAUUGCAAAGACAUUAAAUAGUUCUUGUUUUUGCCUUUGGGUUUCACCUGUGAAAACUGCAUUUUCUGUUAAGCAAACAUUAAGACCAGAGAGCUGUCUAUGGGAGAAAAGCAAACCAUUUUGAAGCUAAGAGAAGUAGGAAAAUCGAUCAGGGCUAUUGCAAAAACAUUAGGCAUAGCCACUACAACAAUUUGGAAUGUUCUGAAAAAGAAAGAAACUACUGGUGUACUGAGCAACAAACAUUGAACAGUUUGGCCCAGGGUAACAACAACAGUUGAUGACAGAAGCACUAUGAGAGCUGUGAAGAAAAACCACAAAGCAACAUUCACUGACAUCACUGCCAACCUCCACGGGGCAGGGGUGAAAGUGUCACAAUCCACUGUUUGAAGAAGACUUCGAGAGAAGGAAUAUUGAGGCCAUACCACAAGAUGCAAACCACUCAUCAGCAAAAAAAAUUGGAAGGCCAGAUUGGAUUUUGCAAACAAGUACAGAGAUCAGCCACAAAAGUUUUGGAACAAAGUUUUAUGGACUGAUGAGACCAAGAUUAACCUCUACCAAAGUGAUGGAAAGGCCAAAGUAUGGAGAAAGAAAGGAUCUGCUUAUGAUCCAAAACAUACAAGCUCAUGUGUGAAACAUGGUGGAGGUAGUGUCAUGGCUUGGGCUUUCAUGGCUGCUUCUGGAAAGGGCUCACUAGUCUUUAUUGAUGAUGUAACUCAUGAUGGUAGCAGCAGAAUGAAGUCUGAUAUGUACAAACCCAUUUUGUCUGGCAAUUUACAGAAAAAUGCAUCCAAACUAAUCAGGAGAAGCUUCAUCAUGCAACAAGUCAAUGACCCAAAGCACACUGACAACACAACAAAGGACUUCAUCAGGGGGAAAAGCUGGAAGGUCUUGGACUGGCCAAGUCAGUCACUGGACCUUAACCCAAUAGAACAUGCAUUUUACCUCCUGAAGAGGAGACGGAAGGGAGAAACCCCCAGCAACAAACAAGAACUGAAAGAGGCUGCAGUGAAGGCCUGGAACAGCAUUUCUAAUGAGGAAUGCAACAGCCUGGUGAAGUCAAUGGGUCGCAGGCUCGAUGCAGUUAUUGCAAGUAAGGGUUGUGAUGGUUAGUUUAAUGUUGUGAAUGAGUUUGGUUGGUUUUUCUACUGGUUCGAAGUGCCCUCUGGUGGUGAGAGUGGAGAUUGUCAUGUUGAUUGUUCAGAAGCUCAGUAUGGAACCAUCAUGGCGGAAGUGCAGCGUCCUCGUGUUGUUUUGGCCCACAUAAGGCUGUAAGUUUUGGGUUUGAGUCGAAAAGUGUUUUAUAUAUCAGUCUGUAAGCAAAGUAACAAUUAGUCCUUUUAAUUUUAAUAAGCAAUUUGAGGUUAAAAUGAGUUUAAGAGUACAAACGUUAGCAUUUGUUAGCAUUUAAGCUAGCGGACUUUUCAGAUGCUAAUUAGGCUAAUUUGGACAGAUUAAUUUACAAGUCAAUUCAAAGUUAAGUAAAUUUAGAUGCUAAUCAGUUGUGUGGUGUAACAUUUAAAUGUUUGAGUUGUGUAAUGCUCAGUUCUGAUUGUUGUGUGUUUGUGUGUUACAGCUUUACAGUACAGUAAAGAGGUUUCUACCACAUGAAGUCUCCUGUUCGCUGUCUGUCUUAGCUAGAUAGCUUUCCAUUUAGUGAGGACAGAACAGUAAAGAGCCUUAUAAUCAGCAGACGGCACCAGAAGCUGUUACUUCAGUCACCCAGUCAUCAUGUUGCAGCAAGCAGACACUCAACCCCAAAGUCAGCAGAGAGGCUACCUGCCUGACAGUCAGGGAGAUUUGUGGGAAACAAGGUCUCGUUGCUCUGGAUCCUCGAAGCAGUCCACAAGGUCAUCAGCAAGCGUUGCAGCACUCAAAGUACGAGCCAAAGCUGGGGCUGCACAAGUGCAGUUGGCCUAUGCAGAAGAGGAAGCUGAAGCCAUUAAGCAACUGCACAUAUUAAAGGUAAAGAAAAAAGUAGCAGCUGCAACAGCAGAAGCAAACAUUUUAGAGGCAGCUGUUCAGUAUGAAGAACUGCAAUCACUAUGCCGAGAACAUACACCCAGCAACACCGUAGACUCCAGACAAAAGGUUCAAAACUACAUUGACAGUCAAGUCUUCCUACCGGACAACCAAGUGUCACCACAACCUCCAAUCUUAAGCACAAACCCUUUCAAACAAGUUGAAACUACAAAUCUUGACUCCCAGCAAAUACUUCAGCAACAAAAUCCCCUCCCUUACAACUACAUAUCAACACCCAGUCCUCGCACAACCUAUCCAGCCGGAAACCAUCAGUACCAGCCAUUCAGCUCAUCUCCUCCUAACACUCAGGAGACAUCAAGUGUAAGCUAUGUAGCUAAGUAUCUGAUGAGACGUGAACUCGUAACAGGCACUAUGCAGAAAUUUGAUGACAAUGCGCAAAACUAUCGUGGCUGGAAAUCAUCAUUUCUGAAUAUUACUAAAGACUUGUCUCUGUCACCCAAAGAAGAGCUAGACCUUCUGAUUCAAUGGCUUGGACCAAAGUCAACUGAACAAGCGAAGAGAAUCAGUCCAGCUCAAAUCAACGACACAACUGCAGCUCUGAAAAUGGUUUGGCAGCGCCUGGAAGAAACCUACGGUGCACCUGAGGUAAUCGAACACACCCUCUUUAAGAAAAUUGAGGACUUUCCCAGAAUUACCUGUAGAGACAAUACUGAACUAAGAGAAUUAGGGGACCUUCUACUUGAAGUUGAACUAGCAAAAGCAGAGGGCUAUUCUCCUGGGCUAGCCUUUCUGGACACUGCUAGGGGUGUUAAUCCCUUCAUAGAGAAGUUGCCAUAUUCUUUACAAGAAAAGUGGAUCUCACAAGCAUCUAAAUAUAAAGCAGAUCGUAAUGUGACAUUCCCACCCUUUUUCAUCUUCUCCAGAUUUGUGCAAGAGCAGGCAUGUAUAAGAAAUGACCCUAGCUUCUCUUUUCUGUCAGGAACUCAGCCAAAGUAUGACAAACCAAUUAAAAGCAGUACCCGCCCCAUGAUAUCGGUGAAAAGGACUGAAAUAGCGCAGCGUACUCAGUCAACAGAGACAAGUGAAGAACCGAACAAAGAAUGUCCUCUGCAUAAAAAGCCACAUCCCCUCAGGAAAUGUCGCGGCUUUCGCAACAAACUAGAGGAGAGAAAAGCAUAUUUGAAAGAGAAAAACAUAUGCUUCAAGUGUUGUGCAACAAAUAAACACCAAGCUAAAAACUGUCCUAUCAAAGUGACAUGCAAAGAAUGUCAGAGUGAAAGACACAAUACGGCUCUGCAUCCAGGCCCUCCUGCAUCCGACAUCAAACCGCCGCCAGAGGUGGAACAGCACGGCGGGGAGCCUGAGCCAAGUUUACCACCUGUCUCUGCUACCACAAUGUGUACUGAGGUAUGUGGGGAACAGCAUAGUCCCAGGUCCUGUGCAAAGAUAUGUCUAGCUAAAGUCUAUCCAGCAGGGCAAAGAGAAAAAGCACUAAACUUGUGUUGUGUUAUGGAUGAACAGAGUAAUCAGUCUCUUGCUCGCUCAGACUUUUUUGACAUCUUCAGAGUAAACGAAGGCACAGAGGUGUAUACUUUAAAAACAUGCUCAGGUGUCAUGGAAGUGAGCGGGAGGAAAGCUAAAGACUUUAUCAUUGAGUCUAUGGAUGGUCACAAUAAAGUACCACUCCCUCCUAUGCGAGAAUGUGACAUGAUUCCAGAGGACCGCUCAGAGAUACCCUCACCUGAAGUUGCCCACCACCACCCACAUUUAAAGGCAUUCUCACACAAGAUUCAUCCUGUCAAUCCAAACGCGCAGAUCCUGUUGCUGCUAGGAAGAGACAUCCUGAGGCUUCACAAGGUGAGAGAGCAACGCAAUGGUCCCAGUAAUGCACCAUUCGCCCAGCGUCGAGACCUUGGCUGGGUCAUCGUGGGUGACAUAUGUGUAAGUGGCGCACACAAACCAGUUUCUGUCAGAGCAUACAAAACUAACACAUUGCUCAACGGACGUCCUUCGUACCUCAGUCCCUGCUCCAAUGUCCUGCAAGUAAAAAAAAAAAAAAGGAUAGAGCGAGUUGCAGAUGAGACUCAAAACUUCACAGAUACUUACCAAACAAAACAAACAGACAGUCUUGGGGAUACAGUCUUCAUCAAAACAGAAGAUGAUGAAAGGCUAGCACCCUCGCAGCAAGAUGCACAGUUUCUCACAAUAAUGCAAAACGAAAUGUACCAGGAUGAAACUAACAGCUGGGUUGCACCGCUUCCUUUUGCUACACCCAGACAACGUCUACCAAACAAUAGAGAACAAGUUUUGAAAAGACUCCUCACACUCAGACGCAGUCUUGACAAAAAACCUGACAUGAGAGAGCACUUCCUACAGUUCAUGCAGAAAAUCUUAGACAAUCAGCAAGCAGAAAUCGCACCUCCCUUGCAGCCUAAUGAAGAGUGUUGGUACCGCCCCAUGUUUGGAGUGUAUCAUCCACAGAACCCAAUCAAAUUCGUGUGGUUUUUGACUCAAGUGCCAAACAUGAGGGCAUAGCACUCAACGACGUCCUCCUAAGCGGCCCAGAUCUUAACAAUGCCUUGCUAGGAGUACUCAUAAAAUUCCGCAGAGAGCCUAUUGCAGUAACAGCAGACGUGGAACAAAUGUUCUACUGUUUCACAGUGAGAGAAGAUCAUCGCAAUUUUCUGCGAUUCUUUUGGCACAAAGACAAUGACCUCACAAAAGAGGUCAUCGAGUACCGCAUGAAAGUUCAUGUGUUUGGGAAUGGACCCUCUCCCUCUGUCGCAAUCUACGGGCUACGCAAAGCAGCUGAGACAGAAGAGAAGGAACAUGGCAAAGACGCAUCACAGUUUGUCACCAGGAACUUUUAUGUGGACGACGGUCUAAUCUCUCUUCCCACUGAACUCAAAGCCGUCGCUCUCCUGCAAAAUACCAAGAAAAUGUUGGCCGAGUCAAAUCUGCGCUUACAUAAAAUUGCUUCAAACAGCAGCAAAGUCAUGGAGGCUUUCCCAACAUGUGAUUUGGCAAAAGACAUUAAAAGUCUCAACCUAGACAGUGACCCGUUACCUGUUCAGAGAAGUUUAGGCAUCAGCUGGAAUCUUGAAUCUGACACUUUCACUUUUCAAGUGUGCAAAGAACAAAAACCCUUCACCAAAAGAGGUGUACUAUCCACCGUCAAUAGUUUGUACGACUCCUUGGGUUUUGUUGCGCCUAUUACUGUACAAGGAAAAGCACUCAUAAAAGAACUCUCCUCCGAACCAUGCGACUGGGACGAUCCCUUGUCCCCGGACAAAGAGAGGCUGUGGACUGCAUGGAAGGAUUCUCUUCUAGAGUUAGAGCACAUACACGUUCCCAGACCGUAUGUGCCCUUCUCUCUCUCCUCAACGCAGCACAGAGAACUUUGUGUCUUCAGCGACGCUUCAUCCACAGCUAUAGCAGCUGUCGCCUACAUACAAGUUCAAAACAAACAUGGACAGUACUACAGUGGAUUUGUCAUGGGGAAAUCCAAACUAGCACCAAAGCCAGCGCACACUAUCCCACGUCUGGAGUUGUGUGCAGCCGUCCUUGCUGUGGAAAUGACAGAGUUCAUAUGCCAAGAAAUGGACAUUAACUUGCACGCUGUCAAGUUCUACACGGACAGUAAAAUUGUGCUAGGUUAUAUCAACAACACCUCAAGAAGGUUUUAUGUCUACGUGUCAAACAGAGUCUCAAGGAUCAGAAAGUCAUCUGUGCCAUCACAGUGGCAUCAUGUCUCAUCAGAAGACAACCCAGCAGACAUUGCUACACGACCAAUAACAGCACUUCUCCUACCGGUCCGGUGAACCAGUAUGUUCACCGGACCACCUUUCCUGACAAAAGAACUGUCACAGUCUCCUCAUACGGCAGACACAAGCAACUUCAAACUAAUCGAACCAGAACAAGAUGCAGAGAUUCGACCAGAAGUCACUGUCUGUGCUACUCAAGUCAGCACCAAACCUCUUGGCUCACAUCGCUUCGAAAGGUUCUCAUCGUGGGAACAUCUCAUUAGAGGUGUGACAAAACUCAUCACAGUAGCCAGAAACAAAUCAAAAGCUACAGACUCGAACACCACAAAUCCACAAACUCAAGCUAAACUGACAGUCAUCGCAAGUGUUCAACAAUGUGCAUUCAAAGAGGAAAUAAGAAAGCUACAAAAAGGAGAACAAAUCCCAAAACCAAGCCCCCUGUGCACUCUAAACCCAUUCAUAGACUCAGAUGGACUGUUAAGAGUGGGAGGUCGCACAUCUCUUGCAGAUCUACCAUAUGACGAAAAGCACCCAGUGAUACUCCCUAAAAAGCAUCAUGUGUCUACUAUGAUUGUGAGACAUUACCACCAAGAUGUCGCUCACCAAGGUCGCCACCUCACCGAGGGAGCGCUUCGAUCUGCAGGCGUUUGGAUAAUCGGUGCCAGAAAACUAGUGUCAAGUGUAAUCUAUCAGUGUGUCACAUGUCGCAAGCUUAGAGGAAAACCCGCUGAACAGAAAAUGGCCAAUCUCCCUGAGGAUCGCCUCGUUAUGGAGCCCCCAUUCACAAGAGUGGGCCUAAAUGUUUUUGGACCAUGGACUGUAAUCACCCACAGGACAAGGGGUGGUUGUGCAGAAAGCAAGCGCUGGGCAGUUUUAUUCAGUUGCCUAGGCACACGCGCUGUUCACAUAGAAAUAAUUGACACUAUGUCCACCUCAAGUUUUAUUAAUGCUUUGCGAAGGUUUUUCGCUGUCAGGGGUCCUUCCAAAGUUCUCAGAUCAGACCGUGGCACCAACUUUAUCGGGGCUUGUAAAGAGUUGAAAAUCAGCACUGAUGAUCCGAAGAUGCAAAACUACUUGAGCAAAGAAGGCUGCACAUGGACCUUUAACACACCCCACUCAUCCCAUAUGGGUGGCUCAUGGGAAAGAAUGAUAGGCACCGCUCGCCGCAUUCUUGACGCCAUGUUACUGCAGUCAGGUCCUACUCGCCUUACACAUGAAGUCCUUACAACCCUAAUGGCGGAGGUUAUGGCUAUCAUUAAUGCCCGUCCACUAGUUCCCAUCACCACAGAUUCAGACACACCAACGAUUUUGACACCAUCCAUGCUCCUAACUCAAAAGGCAGGAGUUGCACCUGUUCCAGAAGGGACAUUUGACAUUAAAGACAUGUACAAAAAGCAAUGGCAACAUGUUCAAAGCCUCGCGAAUGUCUUUUGGAAAUGUUGGAGACAAGAAUAUUUGUCAAUUCUUCAAGUGAGGAAGAAAUGGACUUUAGACAAGGACAGUAUCAAAGAAGGAGAUGUCGUCUUAGUAAAGGAUGAUCUGGUGAAGCGCAAUGAAUGGCCCAUUGGACUCAUUACUAAGUGCAUCCCAAGCGAAGACAAAAAGAUCAGAAAGGUGGAAGUAAGAGUUGUAAAACAAGGCACUCCACGUAUCUAUCUCCGACCUAUAACUCAACUCAUUCCACUGCUCCCUCCAAACAGUGAUAAAAAGACUGGUUAAUUUGAAUAUAGUGGCAUAAAAGUAUUUAUACCAGGCGGGGAGUGUGAUGGUUAGUUUAAUGUUGUGAAUGAGUUUGGUUGGUUUUUUCUACUGGUUCGAAGUGCCCUCUGGUGGCGAGAGUGGAGAUUGUCAUGUUGAUUGUUCAGAAGCUCAGUAUGGAACCGUCCAGCCCGAUCUCACGAGGAUUCGUGAAACUGUCACGUAAAUUUUUGUUUCGGUUUCGUGCGCACCAACACGAUUUCGUCAUGUUUUUCGUGCCGCUCACCACGAAAUGCGCACCAAUGUAUUUUAAACGGCGGACUUUUCGUGCCACUCAGAACGUAUUUCAAACGAAUGUGUAUAUUAUACUUUUAAUGUAAAACCGUGGCGAAUCCAACACUAUAUUUUGCAUGACAUCAUCCCUAACCAUAACCUAACCAUAACCCUAACCAUAACCCGGUGGUACACUUACCAAUUUGCAUAGGAAUUUAAAGAAUGUCCGACGGCCGCAAACGCGAUCACACAAGCAGUAUACGCCGAUGGACAGCUUAGAUCGCCAUGAAUCCGCUGGUAUAAACCACUUUCAGAUGUGAUUACCACAGCGGGUUUCGUUGUGAGCAACACGAAAAACAUUUCGUGGUGAGUGGCACGAAAAACAUGACGAAAUCGUGUUGGUGCGCACGAAAACCGAAACAAAAAUUUACGUGACAGUUUCACGAAUCCCCGUGAGACCGGGUUGAACCGUCAUGGCGGAAGUGCAGCGUCCUUGUGUUGUUUUGGCCCACAUAAGGCUGUAAGUUUUGGGUUUGAGUCGAAAAGUGUUUUAUAUAUCAGUCUGUAAGCAAGCUAACAAUUAGUCAUUUUAAUUUUAAUAAGCAAUUUGAGGUUAAAAUGAGUUUAAGAGUACAAACGUUAGCAUUUGUUAGCAUUUAAGCUAGCGGACUUUUCAGAUGCUAAUUAGGCUAAUUUGGACAGCUUAAUUUACAAGUCAAUUCAAAGUUAAGUAAAUUUAGAUGCUAGUCAGUUGUGUGGUGUAACAUUUAAAUGUGUGUUUGAGAUGUGUAAUGCUCAGUUCUGAUUGUUGUAUGUUUGUGUGUUACAGCUUUACAGUACAGUAAAGUAAAGAGGUUUUUACCACA